GAGAAGUUUAUAAAGUGUCUGCUUUACACUCUUUCCCAGCGGCAUGGACAGAGGCAGGACAGCGGUGUAUCUCGGCGUGUGUGUGGUGUUGCUCAGCACUGCGUGUCAGGCUCACACUUCUCUGGACCACCGACUGUCCACGUCUGAGGAGCAGCUAGUCUCCAGGGAUAUGGCUGAAGCACUGGAAAGCCUUCUGGAAGGAGACGGAGACAAUCAGAUAUCACUGGAGAAAAGAGCCAGCAUCAUUCCAAGGUGCGAUGUAGGAGAGCGGUGUGCUCUGAAGCACGGACCCCGCAUCGGCCGCCUGUGUGACUGUAUGAGAGGGACUGCAUGCAACACCUUCUUCCUGCGCUGCUACUGACCAAGCUUACAUAACUACACUUUCCAUCAGGCAUAGUGCGAAUAGCUCUGAUGGGAUCUUGCAUUGCUGACUGUUGUGUAGUUCAUAAACUUCUCAUGUAUGUUUGAUAAAGCACAUGUAUGGUGACAUUUAUUUUUGCUUAAUAAAAUGUAUUUAACACUCAUUGAUUCUGUAUAAUUAAUAUCCAAUUUUGCAAUUAUUAUGAUAUGCAUUUAUAUAGAUACUAUUAUAUAUUAUAAAGGUAUAUACGUAUGUAUGUAU